ACUGAGUUUGAACUGGAAGACGAAACAAGGCUUUUUUUUUGUUGAUUUCUCUUUUUAUGUGUAUUUAUAUAAAACGUGACCGAAACUCUGUCUGAAUUGGCGUGGAAGAGAAAAGUAACUCGGCAUACAGUGAACUGUGCGUCAAAAUACCGAGCAUUAAGCAGCAAGCAGAAACAUGGGUGCCAGUGAAAGCAAGAUGACCGUGGCAUCAACACCAAAGGUAGACCCGAACCAGCGACCGAAAGCAGCGCGUGUGGCGAAACUCGCCGACCCGCGUUCACCGUCCUGUGCCAUUGACCGCACACCUAUACAGGUGGGCGUUACUUACUCUCCUCUUCCUGUGGUGGAGUCAGUCGGGCCGGUGUUUGUUGACCCCCGCUCACCUACCCCGGGCAUCACUCGAACACCAAUGAAGGUGAGCGUCACGUCUCUCGCUCGAAGGCUGAGCACGUUCUUCCUCAGUGACAUCAAGUCUGGCGACUGUUCCGCGUCUCCUCUUCCUUCAGUCUCCUUCACCAAAACCUCCGGCAUGCCUGGUGUAGCUCAUCCAAAUACCUUCGGCCCCAAAGAGCCUCUGCUGAAAGCCCAAAGCUCGCACACAGACGAUAUCUCAACCCCUGUGCUGUCCUCUCCAUCUGAGGGCUACGGCUCCAUAUGCCACAGCCCAUUUGUGUUGAUUGGAGAGCCACAGAUGGAGGUGGAGGUCGACGCUGAGGCCUCGCUAGAGGAGGCGGAGGAGGCUCUGCUUCUAGGGGCUUCACCGUUGAGGAAAGAGCUCAGUCUGAGUCUGCUUGCAUGUCGUGAAGGUGUUUACUCGUCUUCCCUGGAAGAACGUCCUCCGACUCCCCUUCCUCCUGCGGACAGACAAGCCAAUGAAGAUCAUUCGUAUGCAGUCUUCACCGUCCCAAAAUCCACUGAAAAUGCAAAGUCUGAGUCCCCGCCGUCGGUUGAGGCUGUCUUGACUUUAGAGGAAGAGGAAGUUCCAUCCCAGACACCUGAGCAAUCGGCACCUGCUGCACUUCCAGAGCCGAUCCCUGAGCUGCCAGAGGAAAACAAACCUCCAACACCUCAACCAGCUGACGUCUCCAGCAAACCCAGCCCAGUGUCCAGCACUCUGGUGGAGUCUGUGCAGCCUGGCAUCCGCUGUCUGAGGUUUGACACCCGCAGCCCCAGUCAGGCCAUUUUCAAGCCCCAGUGGUUGGGUGUGGGCUUUGGGGCCACUGGUGUACGAGCGAGAGGGGUUCAGAGCCGAGGGAAAACCACAAUGUCCUCACCACGUGCCAUGAAAAACACUGCUACUAAUGAGAAUAAUAACAUGGUUGUGCGCACCAAACAGAAGCCGAGAGAAAAAGUGCUGAUUGGUGAGGGCAGAUCUCCUCUGCAGAUCCUGAGGGAGGCCAAUUCACCCAGAGAACGCAACUCGCAGAUUAAAUUGAAGGUGUCGACUCCAGAAAGACAGAGGUUCAGCCAGAUGGACAGAAGAGCUCUGAUACUGUCCCUCGACAAGGAGAACGAGUGAGAGCAGAUCCACACACCAGCACAAACUCAGACAACACUAUGUAUAUACUUCCACUUGAAACCUGCAACUACAUGAAUCUCCUUUUUCCUGCUUUUUACCUUUUCUUUGUGUUUGUAAAUAAACACUCUUUUAAUGUAAAUAAAAUUAACUUUUGAUUUA